CCCCCCCCCUCCCCACCACCACCACCCCGUCGUCGGAUUUCUAUUUCUUUUCGGGUAAAUCCGCCGCACCAUCGAGCUAGCAGUUGUUGUUUGUAGCCUGCCUCGAUGCCGCCUCGUGCUCUCGCCUAGCACCGACCGCCCGCUCCUGUGCGUGCGCGCGCGCAUGCGCUUUGCUUUGCUUUGAUUUCCCUUCGCCGGCCUCUGUAUCGCGCUCGCCGCCUGGUUUGGGAGCGGGGCGGAGCAUGCGGUUGGGUUUUUCACUGCGGGUGGGAGGAGGAGGAGGAAGAACAGCAGGAGGGGAGGAGGAGGGGGUUCCGGGCGCGUCGCGACGAGUUGCCCCUCGCUGGCACCCGCACCCGCGUCAGCAAAAAGGCGUAGAUUCUCGUUCUGCCUCGGCUAGUCCAGUCCCCUCCACCUCGCCCCUGUAGCCCAGAUCUGCUGCUCCUCUUCCGCGCGCGCGGCCUCCGCUAGAUUCGCCGCCGCCGCCGCCGCUGCCCCCGCGCCCCCCGCCAUGCGGUUGAUGAUGCUGCCGCGGCGGCUGUGAGCGACCAAGGGGGGAAUAUAUAUCUAACCGAAUAAUAAUACCCUUUUUUUUGUUUUGUUUUGGGGGGGCGGGGCGGGGGCGGGGGGGAGAGUUGAGAUUCUGCUGCUGCCCCCGAUGGGGUGCGGGCAGUCGAAGCUGGAGGAGGAGCUCGCGGUGAAGCACUGCCGCGAGCGGUCCGAGCUGCUGGCCCUCGCCAUCCGCCACCGCUACACGCUCGCCGACGCGCACCGCGCCUACGCCGAGUCGCUCGGCAAGGUCGGCGCCGUGCUCCACGACUUCCUCCAUGGCGUCCAGACGCUGCCCCCGCCGCCGCUCGAGCCCACGCUCCACCUCCCGGCCCACCGCAAGGGGGAUGGCCUCCCGGCCGCGUCGCCCUCCCCUGCGCCAGCAAUCGCCUCCUCCUCCUCGGCCCAGCCGCCGCCCGUUGCCAAGCAGGUUCGAAUCUCCCCUGACGACGACCACAUCCACUUCCACUCUGACGACGACUCUGACUCGGAGGAUGGUCACAUCAAGUUCCACUCCGACGACGAGCCCGAGCCGGCCCAGCGACGGCCGGAGAUCGUGCGGUCAGCCGGGGAGCCGGGCCCUAGGCCGCCACCGCAGAUGGGACCACCACCCUACGGUUCCUCUGCGUAUGGUCCGCCUCCAACAUACGGGCCGGGCUACGGGUUUGGUGGAUACGGCUCUGCCCCUGACUAUGGCGGCGGCAUGGGGGGCGGUGGCUAUGACCCGGGCUAUGGCGGCGGCGGAGGCAAUGGACCGGGCUACAGCAGCAUGGGACCACCUGUCAGCGAUGGCUACGACCCACCGGGCUAUGGCGGCGUGGGUGGCUAUGGCCAGAGUUUCUUCAACAUGAACUAUGCGCGCAGCCAGCCGCCACCGCCAUCCAUUUCGUACCAGCACCAUCCGCAGGCCACUGACGCCAGGGUCGAGACCUUCUUCAACACCAGCUAUGCACGCGGCCAGCCCCCACCGCCGUCCGUUUCAUAUGAGCAACGCCCACUGCCCACCAACGCAAGGGUCCACUAUUAUGGUGACAGUGCGCAGCCGCCCCCGCCUGGGUACGGCGGAUAUGCCUCCCCACCGCAGAAUUCAAGCUCCUAUAACCAGUAUGGCUAUGGCGGUUACUAUGGCCGCGGUGCUCCUCCACCUCCAGCAGAUAUGCCAUCCUCCUCCCAUGAGGAGGUCGCGCCUCCACCGCCUCCAUCUCCACCAAGGGUGUCUACUUGGGACUUCCUAAACCCAUUUGAGACAUAUGCGAGCUACUAUGAUCAGCCAACUGCUACUCAGGCGCCAUACACUCCCAGCAGGAGUUCCAAGGAUGUGCGUGAGGAGGAGGGUAUCCCAGAUUUGGAGGACGAAGACAUGGAAGUAGUCAAGGAAGCUUAUGGUGACGAAAAGCAACCAAUGAAGGGGUACACUGGCAAAGGGAAGGCAGCAAAGGAGGAAGGUAGGAGCAGUACUGGAGAUGAACUACCCCGUGAAUCUAAGUCGUCGGAGGCUAGCAGUAGUGGGAAAAGCUUGGAGCAUGAUGUCCAUGUAGUUGAGAAGAGUGUUGUGGGAGAACAGGUUCAGCAAUCUGAACCACGCCAGCAUGUUGCUGGCCUGCCGCCCACAGGUUCGGAGAAGACGUACAUUGAUGACAAUGAGGUUGUGUUGGAGAUCAAGGCUCAAUUCGAGCGUGCCUCAAAUUCAGCUGGUGAGGUGUCCAAGAUGCUUGAGGUUGGCAAGAUGCCUUACUACCAGAGGAGUUCUGGUUUCAAAGUAUCCGCUAUGAUGAUCUGCGGGAUACCAACACUGGAGGAGGAGUUCCUGCGUUUUGAAGAGGACAAGGCGAUGGGAUGCGGCAACCUUUCUUCAACGCUGCAGAAACUGUACAUGUGGGAAAGGAAGCUUCUUCAGGAAGUUAAGGCUGAGGAGGAGGAGAGGCUCAAGUACGACAAGAAACGUGAAGAGCUGAAAAAUUUAGAUGAGAAAGGCGCAGAAGCUGAAAAGAUUGCAACCACUGAGAAAGAAAUUAGGAAACUGUCAACAAAGAUAAGCAUAGCUAUUCAGGUCGUGAACACUAUCUCAGGCAAGAUCAGUAAGUUGAGGGAUGAAGAGUUAUGGCCACAAACAUGUGAGCUCAUUCAAGGGUUGAUGCGGAUGUGGGACAUUAUGUUAGAAUGCCAUCAGAUCCAGCUGCAUGCCAUAUCCCAAGCUAAAAACAUAGACUCCAUGAUAGAUGCUGCGAAGUUUGAUGAAGCUCAUAUGGACUUGAUCAAGCGUCUAGAACUUCAGCUAUUGGAUUGGAUUGCCUGUUUUGCCGCAUGGGUCAAUGCUCAAAAGAGCUAUGUUAAUACUUUAAAUAAGUGGCUAUUGAAAGGAGUUAUCUAUGUACCUGAGGAAACGGAUGAUGGUGUGCCCCCUUUUUCUCCUGGACGGUUAGGUGCUCCACCUAUUUUCGUCAUAUGUAAUAAUUGGGCAGCUGGUGUUGGGAGGAUAUCUGAGAAGGAAGUAGUCAAGGCAAUGCAGGCCUUUGCAUCCAAUGUUCUCAACCUAUGGGAGAAGCACAGAUCAGAGCAAAGGCAGGGUAUGAUGGCUAAUAAAGGUAUGGAUAGGGGCCUUAGGGUGAUGGAAAAGGAUGAACAGCUGAUGCGCAAGGCUCUGGAAGCACAAAACAAGAAGCUUGUCCUCAUUUCUGAUCAGAGCGGUGUAUCUUUGUCUGCUCAGGUGGUACAUGAUGGAGCCCCCCAUGCCGAAAUUGGUAGUCUACAGUCAAGUCUGAGGAAUAUUUUUGAAGCAAUGGAGACCUUCACUGCUGCCUCUGCAAAUACUUAUAGGGAUCUUAAUCAGCGUGCUGAGGAAGAGAAAAUCCGAGUUGCCCAAGAGAGUGGCAGAGUUUCCUAGCUCUGUUCAGUGUUCUUGCUGGUACAAGAGACUUUGUCUGUGCAAAGAAACUGACUCCAGUUAUUCAGUUUGAAACUGUAGCAUGCAUUGCAUGCCAGUGGCACAAUUGGAGUGGCAAGCUUUCCAUUGAUUCACCCAUGCAUGCAACAUGCUUCGGCGCUGCACAUUUGGGCUUCAUUGUGUGAAGGUCCGUGGCAGGCUCUGUAAAGUUCAAGCUAAAAUAGAGACUUGAAUUGACAACAUCCAUGUACUUGCAGUACUGAUGCCAUACCGGAGAAACAUAUGACUGGGAAUAGGUGAAUCACCGGACAUGUUGCUGGUGGGGGGCAAGAAAACUGAAGCGGCAACAAAACGGAGGUACCUUGCAUGUCAGCAGGACAAAAACGCUGAGAGUUCAUCAGGAGCCCCUGUAAUUAGUCGGAAGAUGCGAGCUGGCUAAACUAAAUGCCCGAUCUAAGCAUAGCAUCGAUCAACAAGUUGUCUGAAUCAUGAAUCCAAGAUUCAGUGGAUUCAUGAAGUCGUAUCAGUCCAUGUAAAAAGGAUGCCCCAAAGCGGUCAUUGUGCUGCUGUCAGAUUUCGGGAGCUAGAAGAGUGAUGCUGGCUGGACUGACAGUGUAAAGACCGCGGCAUUGUGAGCCUGCAGACGGAUCAAAGCUGAUCCCUGAUGCUGAGAGACAUUUUGACACAUGUGGAGCUGGAUAGCAGCAGCUUCGCACAGGAGGAGACUCAUUUGUAGGAGGGCGAUUCGAUUCACCAGUUGCCGUUGAGCUCGUAGGACGUAGGUGCCCGCUAACUGCUGCUCCGGCCAUCAUCGGAAUUUUUGGUCCUGUUUGUUUAUUCAUAUACAUAUGAUUCAUUCGUGUCGUUGUUGUACAGUUGCUGCCUAACUUAACUCAAACCUUUUUUCUGUUUGUAUUUGUUAUUGUUUUUUCUCCUCCAAACUCUUGCUCUGCGGUGCCCGUUUUGUUGAA